CCUUAUCAAAUGUUUUCAGUAGUUCAGUUUUCAAACUUUCGCAGUGCUGCAAUAAGUUUGCGUGCACCAACGUAGUCCAAGGCUUACUAAUUUUUUGUUUAGUCCGUAGUUACUAUACUUAGUACUUAGUCGUUCUCUGGUGAUACUAUAGUAGUAGUGCGGUUCAUCAAUAUCCGUUACUCAUUGGUUCUCACAAUCACUGACACCGAUCGCUGCUCACGACUAUUAGGGAUCAGACGUUUUAAACUUGUAGAGAUUAUGGGAAUCGAUUUUGGUGUUUGCAUUCAGAAUAUGAAAAAAAAACUUAUUUUGAAUGACCAACUAUAUGGAUUUGACAAAGAACAAAAUGAACUCUUACAGAUUAUUAAAAAAACUACUGAUUUUGGAGAGAGUGACUCAAUGAUUAUACUUGGGCCUCGUGGAUGUGGAAAAUCAAUGUUAUUGGAAUCUGUUAUAAAAUCUCUUUCACCUGAAUCACAUACACUAGUAUUAUUAAACGGUCUCAUUCAUACUGAUGAUAAUUUAGCACUUAAAAGUAUUAUACAACAACUCCAAAUGGAAAAUUUGGAUGGAACUUUUGCUGAAGGGUCUUAUGCUGAUAAUAUAAGUUUUUUAUUGGAGAGCUUCCGUGCGGGAAACAAAACAGCUACAAAAUCAAUUAUUAUGGUAUUAGAUAAAUUUGAUAUGUUUUGUUCUCAUACCAAUCAAACAUUGUUGUAUAAUUUGUUUGAUUCUGUUCAAUCUCAACAAAGCCCAUUGUGUAUUAUUGGCUUAACAUCACGUAUUGAUGUUAUUGAAUUACUUGAAAAACGAGUCAAAUCUAGGUUUUCCCAUAAUAUAAUGAUGUUGAAACCUCCAUCAGAAAUAAAUCAAUUAUUAGAAAGAUUUAAACAUUCACUUAUAAUAAACAAAAAUUGUAAAGUAAAGGCCGAUGUUUUGAAAAACUGGAACAAUAAUAUUGAAUUAUUAAUAUCAGAUGUAAGAAUAGAAAAUUUGAUGAAGGAUCUAUUGAAAUCAAGCAACAAUAGUACUAAAUUAAAUCUUCUCAUUUUUAUGGCACUUUCAAAUUUGUCAAAUGACUUAAUAUUGACUGUUGAAAAUUUCACAAAUAACUAUACUACAUUGUUUAAAAAAGAUAUGAUUCUUGUACAUUUGUUAGGACUAUCAGUUCUUGAACUUUGUUUAAUGAUUUCAAUUUGCCAUCACUCAGAAAUCUAUGAUCAAGAACCAUUUAAUUUUGAAAUGAUUUAUGAUCGUUAUUGUAAAUUUGCAUUACGAAAUUCAACAUUACUUGUAACAAAAAGACAAGUUAUUAUAAAAGCUUUUGAAAGAAUAUCAGUAAUGCAAUUGAUACUACCUGUAGCAGUUAUAGAGAAUAAAAAUGUAUUAAGAGAAUAUCGGCUAUACAAGUGUUCAAUUAAUCUGGAUAAAGUGAAGACAGCUUCUAAUUUAUAUUUCAGACUACCUCCAGUAAUAUUACAAUGGAUAGAUAGUAAUAUAAUUUAAAUUAUUGUAUCAUGUUUUAUUGAUAAUGUAUGUAAUAUGCUGCUUAAUAAAUACAUUUUCUACCUAAGUAUUAAUUAAUAUUAAUAACUAUUGGAUGAAUACAUAUUAAAAUGUAUUAAUGGUUUUA